CAUGCAAUAUUGAGAGAUCCGAUCGGAACAAAAUCGUGAGAACAUUGUAUGAAACCAUGGCCCUGAUCAAAAUGUUCCCGACCAAUGAUGACUAUGUGAAAGUGUGCAAGGCCCUGAUUUUGAAGUACCCUUUCUUAAAGGACAAAGAAGGCAAUGGUUAUCAUACCUGGCACAUGUCUCUCAAACGUAAGUUCAAAUAUGAGCGAGUGCCACUGAUAGAUGAUGAGGAGGUGAGAAGAAUGAAACUGAAAUUUGGUCAUCACAAAAAGCCUUUGCAACACGAAGAAAACACAAGCAAACGAGCCAAGACAUCAAAGGAGGUGGAUAUUAUUGGGGAGGAUGAUACCUCAGUAGCGAGCCAUGUGAAAGUCCUGCAGGACCAGUACCGGAAGACACAGCCAGAUGCCCGAAUGGUGGAGGAACGGAUGAUGAGGACAUUCGCUUGGAGAAGGCGAGAGAUCGCCAAUGGGAUGACUGUCGAAGAAGCCAUUAACAAAUAUCCAUUCCUUAAGAGUCCAUGUGGGCUAUUUCAGGAAAUGGGCCGGCUUCAUGAUGAAAUGAAUAUCUGCCGAAGAUUCGAAGAUGGCUUUAGGGUCCUAGUACCCACAGUGCUUAGAUUGACUCAAAGCAAAUCUCCCCUUGCAGAUCUGGUUUUGGAGGAAAGAGAGGCUGCCCUCACCGAAGAUGUCCCUGGGAUUGAUUUCAGAGCUGCAAUCCUGCUGUUGCCGAUCCUGUUCAGGGAGAAAAAUGACAUUCUCGUCAUACUUGGGAAGGAUCAGCCACCAUUGCCAUAUCCUACUGUACAACUUGACGCUGUCGCUGACUGGAGGACUGUGCUCACUCGAAGGGUCCCUGCAGUGGUCAAACUGGAUGGACAGUCAGUCUGCAUGGCGCUUGGUUUGGAGGAAGGUGUUAUUGCUGCUUUUUGUGCUUACUUCAUCUACAACGUGGCAUAUGCAUCUCGCCUGAAGAACACCCUGAUAUUCAUUCAACGAUAUGUUCUAAAAAUGUCUGAGGUUGGUGACAAGCCUCUACCUGUUAGUGUGACCAGGGUCAUCAACAUUUUAGCUUGAUCAACAACAGCAAUGCGUACACCAUUCAGCUGUCCUAAAUGCUCUCGAAGAGCCUUCACAUUGGUGAAGUUAAUCCAGCACAUCGGACUUGUUCAUGCUCAUGAGCCACAUUUUACCAUAAAAUGUGGCCUUAACAAUUGUCAAUCAACAUUUUCUAAAUAUGAGUCCUUCAGACGACAUAUUUACAGGAAGCAUAAAGACAUUAUAGCCAGACGAGCCACUGCUCAUGACAUACAGGAAACAGUAGUGGGCGAGGAGGAGCAGGGGCCCAGUGA